AUGGGCCUCGCCGGCGGCAUUGUCCGGAGAGUCCUCUCCAAGAGCCCCUGCGGCUCCUCCUCGUCGGCCGGCGGCGGACGCGGAGGCCACAGCGAAAGGAGCCCGGGCGACCACAACAGGAGAUGGGGCUCUCUGAAGCUGUACCUGUGCGGCGACGAGAAUGGAGCGGGUGCCGAGGACGGGGAGGACGACGACGACGGGACGGUCUCGGCCAGGAGCUUCGAGACCUGCGCGAUGACGCAGGACGCCCAAGCUCCGGGGGCAGCCGAUCAGCGUCGCGACGUGAACGGCCGCGCACGCAGCCACGCUGAACAAGUGCGCGUUCAGUGGAGCCCCGGCGAGCCGACGAAGCCGUUCACCGAGGACGAUGCGGCGAAGCUGAUCCAGUCCGCGUUCAGGAGGUUCAUGGCAAGGGGGCGCUUGCUGCAGGAGGAGCUGAGGAGAAGCUCCGGACAAGAGUGCUGCUACGGUGAAGCGCCCAAGAGCCCUGCCUCGGCGUCCACCAUCGCCGCGUCGGUGGAGGUCCAGGUAGGGGAGUCCCUGAGCAACCUCCGGCUGAGCGACGACGGCGCGUCGGUGUCGGCGCAGCACCGGGCGGGCCAGAGCCAGAAGCCGCGGCCCCAGGUCUUCAGAGCCAAGGAGGAGUGGGACGACAGCACGCUGAGCUCCAACGUGCUGAGGAUGAGGAUCCAGAGCAAGAUGGAGGCCACCACGCGGCGCGAGCGGGCCCUCGCCUACGCCUUCUCGCAGCAGCUGAGGAGCGGCGGCACGAAGAAGCGGUCGUCGCGGUCGGAGCAGGGGGAGUUCAACGUGGGGUGGAGCUGGCUGGAGCGGUGGAUGGCGACGCGGCAGACCGAGCCCGGCGCCGACGACAGCGCGAGCAAGAACGCGACGGACGCCGGGUCGGCGGUGGCCGGGCGGCGGGUGGUGGUGGUGAGGAGGCGGCAGGACGUGGCCGUCGAGGAGAAGGAGAGCUGCGGCUCCAACGACGUGUCCGCCAUCAGCUUCGACGGCUCCAGCGCCGGCGCCCGGAGCGGCCUCAGCUGCUACAGGCCCAGCAAGAACCGGCUCAGGGGGCCCAGGAACCUGCCGCGCCGCAAGGUGGCGGCCGCGUCGUCGGACCACCGGCUCCAACCAAGAUCCCACAAGGUGAGCAAGAAGGCGCGGCAGAGGGAGGAGAAGCAGCUGCAGAAGGAUCAUCAAGUAGAGACCGAGUGUGUGGCCUACGAUCCCCGCCAGCCUCCGACGGAUUACUGA